CAAUCCACCCCCACUCAGCCUCCCAGAGUGCUAGGAUUACAGGCGUGAGCCACCAAGCCCAGCCUCUCAUCACUGUUUAAUAAAGUCCUUUCAAUUAUAUUGUUGUCAGACUUGACAGGAAGAGGAAUAUGCAUGUGCUGCAGAGGCACACCUAUGUCAACUGGAAUAUCCAUGAAAUAAUAAUAUAGGUAGGAACUGAAGAGUAAUGCUGGCCUGACAGAAGAGCACUUGUAGCUUAGAAAUCCCAAAGUGGAAGCACUUCCUGGGCUCAGCCUCCCUUAAGCUCUGGGAUGAUAAAGAACUGGAAUUUCUUGCCUAUGUUCAAUGUCCUGAAAUUUAACUCAUAACUUCAGAAGGACAUGGUGAGAUGGAGCCACAUCAGGUCCACAAGAUAAUAAAAGAGAAAACAGGUGAUUGUAGUUGCCCAAGGCCACAGAAGCAGUAAGCAUUAGGUGAAGUUUAAACCAUGAUGUCCUUGCAUUUCAUUCAGUUUUCUCUUUGUUGGUCUCACCUCUGUUCCGUACACCUCUUUGUCUCUUAUAGAAUUGACCACAUUCAUCUUGAGGAAAAGAGGAGGUCACUUCAUAAGAUGAAGAAGCUUUUUGCCCUCAGAUUAUCAAACUUUCUUGGGCGUGAGGAUGAGAAAUAAGUUGAUUUUGCAGCUUGACCACACUUCCUACAUAAUGCAGAAACCUAACCCUAAGGUGGCUCCAGUCUCACUUCCCUUCCCCCACCAGCCACAUCGGGGCUAAGGUCAUUUUUGUUCUCUGGAAUGUUUUUGGUGGCCCUACCACCCAUUUUCCACAUCACUGAAAGAAGCUUAGCCUAAAUUGCUGUCAAGCUGCAAGUUACUGUUUCUAGUAAUCUGCUCUGUCUAGGGCAUCCCACUCCAGGCUUAGUUUUCACACAGUAAAGCCUGCCAAUUUAAAGAAUCUUUGAAGCCUAAAGGGGGAGAAAAUGAUUAGGCAUAGGCUUUCUGGCCUGUGGGACAUCCUAGGGAUGGCGACAGAAGUUGUUACUUGAUUCCAAAGAAGUUCUGAGAAUGUGAUAACUGGUAAGUAAGGGGAGCUCAACAUUAUUACCUGGCAUUUCAGCUGACAGUUUUAGUAAGGGUCCCUUUUUAGGUGAAGAUGGUUAGUAAUGGCCUCAGUCUGUGGCACCUCUACUCCUGAUUUCAGUCUCUUAAAGGGAAUCCAUUUGGGGAAAACAGCCAAUCUGGAAGUUUGAACAAACAAUUUUUUUGCUGAAUGGCAUUCAUUUAUUCAACACAUAUUUACUGAGUGCCUACUAUGUGCUGCACAUUAUGGAUGUGAUGGCAAGCACACAGUCCCAUUGUCCCGUGCUUGCAGAUCAGGAGGAAUGCCUGGAAAUAGAUCAUUGCUCUGCUACCCAUGAUUUUAUCCCUGGAAUACACCUGUUAGGAUGAGCCAUGUGUGGAAAUAUUUUCUGAAUGAGGACCAGCAAUAUCUCAAGUUUUGCAGAAUGUGGGUGAGGGUGCUACUUUGACUGCUGGAAAGGUCACUGAAGCCAAGGCAGAACCAUAGACUGGAGCUUAGAUGAGGAAUGGAUAAUACUCUUAACAUUUACUGAACAUUAAAAAAAUGCCAGACAUUAUUAGUAAUUUAUAUGUAUUAACUUCAUUUAAUCAACAGUUUUAUGAAAUUUGGUACCAUUAUUAUCUCUGUCUGAUAAAUGAGGAAGCAGGCACAGAGAGGUAAAGUAACUUGCCCAAAUUCACACUCUGACAAUCUGGGAUUUAAGCCCAAAGCAGAGCUCUUGUUCUUUUGGCUACUUGUUGAACAAAGAUCUUAAAUCACUAAGGUGUCUGAGGUUCCUAUGACGAGGUAAGUUUUCUUGCAGGCGAGAAUGUGUGUGAGGAAGUUUGAAGCCAGCUUUGUGAAAGGCUUGAGAAUCUCCAAAGAAUAGAGACAAAGGAAGAUAAAUGAGGCAGGGUUGUAGGUUGUCAAUUCAUUGACACACCGUAAGAGCUCCUUGUGGUCGACCCUUCUCCUCCGUUCAGCUUCCUUAUACGAGAAGAUGCCUUUUGACGUGGGUUUGUGGGCUGUUUCUGGGGCCGGCACCCCUGGCAGAGCACAGAAACCCGCCACUCCGAGGCUGGAGGAAACCAUCGAAAUGACGCCGCUUCCGCCUUCCUAGAGAGGAUAGAUGGCUGCGCUUGUUGGCUGAGGCGCAGACUGGUGACGUCACGUCGACGGGAACGUCUGGGAUUUGCUCCCGGCUGACUGAGAGCGCCCCCGGACUCUAGGGAGGCAAGGCGUGUGGGUAUCGCUGCUGCGGGAGCGCCUGCAACAAAAUAAGUACGGUAUGAAGACACAGACUCAAUAAUUUAACAGCAGUGCCUCAGAUUCUUGCAUUUCCUCAAGAGCAGAGUCCCCAGAAGACAAAUCAGUAUCGUUUGUGUUCCUAACAGCUUGUCUCUAGAGAGCCUGGUCAUCAGGAAUUUGCUUUUGGAAACGGUGAAAAUACAAGUUACACAAGGAAAAGGAGUAGAAAUCCUGCAGAACGAUUGAGGACAGAACAUCCACACACGUGCAGUCACACACAUUAACCUUUCCCAGGAGAGCACUGUUACUUUAAUGAUAAUCAUCUUUGAGAAAAUACCUCAUAAGUAUGAAUUUGAGAAAAGGUUUCAUCUCAACUUGAACCUAUUGGACAGAAGCCCCUUCAGUGUGCUAUAAGCAGCAUGAGCCAGAUUUCACUCCACAUGAAACAUCAGAGAGUUUACAUACAGAAGAAACCUUCAAAGUGUAGUGAAUGUGGAAAAUUCUUUACUCAGAGAUCAUCUCUUACCCAGCAUCAGAGGAUUCACAGAGGAGAGAAACCCUAUGUGUGCAGUGAAUGUGGAAGUUGUUUCCGUAAACAGUCAAAUCUUACUCAACAUCUGAGAAUUCAUACAGGGGAGAAACCUUUUAAAUGUCAUGAAUGUGAGAAAGCCUUUCAAACAAAAGCAGUCCUUGUCCAGCAUCUGAGAAUUCAUACGGGAGAGAAACCCUAUAAAUGCAAUGAAUGUGGAAAAGCCUUUUGUCAGAACCCAUCCCUUAUUAAACACCAGCGAAUUCAUACUGGAGAGAAACCUUAUAAAUGUGCGGAAUGUGGCAAAGCCUUCAGUCAGAGCAUAUGCCUCACUCGUCAUCAGAGAAGUCAUUCUGGAGAUAAACCUUAUAAGUGUAAUGAAUGUGGGAAAGCCUUUAAUCAGAGUGCUUGCCUCAUACAGCAUUGGAGAAUUCAUUCAGGAGAGAAGCCCUACACCUGUGUGGAAUGUGGUAAAGCCUUCACUCAGAACUCUUCCCUUGUUGAACAUGAAAGAACUCACACUGGAGAGAAACGUUAUAAGUGUAGUGAGUGUGAAAAAACUUUCCGCAAGCAAGCACACCUUAGUGAGCAUUACAGAAUUCAUACUGGAGAAAAACCUUAUGAAUGUGUUGAAUGUGGAAAAUCCUUUAGGCACAGUUCAGCACUUGUUCGACAUCAGAAACUUCAUGCUGGAAAGUAAAAUUUUGAAUAUAACAAGUAUGGAAAAGUUUGUAUGAAAAUGCUCUUUUCCCUCCCUAAAUUUUCAGGAAUUUAAGACUCAAUCUGCAGCUGGGAUGAACAUUUUGUAUUUUGAAUAGGCAUUGUAUCUUAAAAGUUAUGAAAAUAGACUUCAGAACUAGUUAGUCUUAAGUUUAAUGCCUUCUUUGACACUUAAUCCUUUGCACUCGGAUGUCGAGUGUGACUCGACAUGGUUAGCAAAAAUUUU